CCUCUUCGCCAUCUUAGCCGUAGCCAUGAAGGUCGAACUCUGCAGCUUUAGCGGUUAUAAAAUCUACCCUGGCCAUGGCAGGCGAUACGCCAGGAUUGACGGGAAGGUUUUCCAAUUUUUGAAUGCAAAAUGCGAGUCGGCAUUCCUUGCAAAGAGGAAUCCUCGACAAAUCAACUGGACUGUCUUGUAUAGACGUAAACACAAGAAAGGCCAGUCUGAAGAGGUGCAGAAGAAACGUGCUCGUCGUGUUGUGAAGUUACAAAGGGCUAUUACUGGUGCCUCACUGGCAGAAAUUCUAGCCAAGAGAAAUCAGAAGCCUGAAGUGCGCAAAGCCCAAAGGGAACAGGCAAUCCGGGCUGCUAAAGAGGCUAAGAAGGCUAAGCAAGUAACCAAGAAGGCUACGACCCAGAGUACUAAGGCUACUUCUAAGGCUGCCCCUAAACAGAAGAUUGCCAAGCCCAUGAAAGCACAGGCUCCUCGUGUUGGUGGAAAACGCUAAUGUGGAACCUCUGUUUAAAAUAAAUUUGAUUUGUGUAAGAGUA